AUGAAGAAAGGAGAUGAAAAAACAGUAAAAUUUAAAUUACAACACGAUCGCAUAUCUCUCAACAAUAUCCAAGGUUUACUGAAUGAAGUAGGCCUCGGUCGUUUUCAACUCAAUUUGCAUCUCGACCAAAAACUUGGUUCGACGAGUCAAGUCUAUUAUGCACACGAUCGAUGGAAUAAUAAUCGUUUAGUCGCUGUAAAAUUUCUCAAGGCUAACUAUAUUGAUAGUUUCGUUUCUCAACACGAUCUAUGGGCGUUACAAACAUUACAAGAUUGUAAUUAUGUUCCUAAAGACAUUAUUUAUAACCGAAGUAGGAAUAUAUUCGAGGACAAUAGGUAUGUGCCUAUAGAACAGUAUGUGGGUGAAUUAGGACGAAUUUGUCCCUUGCUACCCAUAAGCCGGUGUAUCGAAGGUGGAGCGAGAAGAAUUCCUGAUAAUAACUGUUAUGUUAUUACUUUUGAAUAUAUUCCAGGACAAACUCUAUGGGAAAAUCUUCUUCACAGCGAUUUCACUUAUUUUACAGAAGCACAAGCAAAACGUUUCGUCAGAAUAUUCAUCUCAAAUAUGAUUAAACUGCUCGAUCAUCAUCUUAUUAGUUGUGAUUUUAAUGCUACUAACUACUAUUAUGAUGAUCCCAUGCUAACAUUUAUUGAUUUUGGUUGGUGUCAGGUUGAUGUGGAUAAAAAAGAUGAUCGAAAUGAGUUUUUAUUAAAGUCCCUAGAGAAUUUAUGGGAUCGUUAUCCGAGAAUUGUACAAAUAUUUCAGUCAGAUUCAUAUUCGGAUUUUAGAUAUGCAGUUAAAAGCCGUCAAAUAGGACUGAGAACUUUAUUGAAACAUGCAUGGUUGAAGGAAGGUGAAGAGUCUGAUCUAGAGUGA